UGAGCUGCUGUGAGGCAGAGGGUGAAGCUUGUGCUUGCCUUGUUUGACUGGGUUGGUGGUUCAUUUGUCCGCCUAACAUCCUCGUACACUACGCCUAGUACAUCUAGCCCACGAGCACAGGUCCUCUAUUAUGAUUAUAACGGGUCCAGAGGUGCAAGCAGUGGGAGGCAGGUCCUCGGGCUCCUAGGCAUCCUACAGCUGACCAACCAGCGAAUAAUAAGAACCCCCUCGCUCUUAGUUCAAACUAAGCCCGCCUUAUUCUUCGUAACCACUAACAUUUUCCGCCGGCUGUCCUGCAGCCAUACAGCUCACAUUCAGAUGCAACCCUUUACCUUGGCUGUGCUAGAUUAUAGAAGCAUCUCCUGUACAACCGAGAUUGUAAAAUCUAACCUAACCCGCGUGUCCGUCAAAUGCCGUGCGGUACUUCACCCGUGCGGCGCUGUUGCCUACUAAGGCAACCGCGCUCCAUUCUUCCGCCGCGAUAGCUGUCCGUAACGCUGGCGCUCCUGGUACACGGCAACCGCAUUAAUAGUCGUGCACUCUCUUAGUGCUCUUCAGUAACCUGUCGCCGGGUUUCUCGGCUACCUCCGGUUUCCGAUACGCUUUCCUGCUACUGGUCACCUUUUUAGCGUCGUAAAGUUCAAAACAAGGCACCUUUUGCACAUUAACGGCCAAGGACAGAGCUGUAGUCUGAUCUUAUCUAUUUGAAACUCUUCCUGACUCUUCCUCUUCGUGUGCGUCAAAGGAAUUGGUUAAACCGUCCGUACCGCUGCGUCACCAUGGGGGCGAUGACGUCAUCUUUAGCGGCGAAAUUCGCCUUUUUUCCGCCAACCCCGCCGUCAUACGCGAUCGUGAAAGACCCGAGCACUGGACGGCUGCGAUUCGACAGCAUCGCGCCGCAGGACCACGUGGACGUGCUGCUGAUUGACACGCGGCGGAGACAGCAGGUGGCGGCGAUGUUCGUCCGCAAUCCCCGCGCGCGACUGACGCUGCUGUACUCGCACGGCAAUGCGGCUGACCUGGGACAGAUGCAUGACCUCUACGUGGAGCUCGCGCACAUGCUGCGAGUUAAUCUCAUGGGUACGACUACACGGGGUACGGCGCCUCUACUGGCAAGCCGUCGGAGGCGGACACGUACGCGGACGUGGAGGCGGUGAUGACGUGUCUGCAGCAGCGAUACAGCAUCGGCGCGGAGCAGGUGGUGCUGUACGGGCAGAGCGUGGGCAGCGGGCCGACGGUGGACCUGGCGUCGCGCACGCCCAACGUGCGCGGCGUGGUGCUGCACAGCCCCAUCGCGUCGGGCGUGCGCGUGCUGUACGAGGUCAAGCACACCUACUGGUUCGACAUCUUCCCGAACAUUGACAAGCUGCCGAAAGUGGAGUGUCCAGUCUUCGUCAUGCAUGGCACGUCGGACGAGGUGGUGGAUGUGUCGCACGGGCAGAUGCUGGUGGACGCGUGCAAGCGGCCGUUUGAACCGCUGUUCCUGGAGGGCGGGCACCACUGCGACCUGGAGUUCUUCCCCGAGUACCUGCGCUGCCUGCGCAAAUACAUCUCCUACCUCGUGCAGCACCCCCCCGUGCCACAGCCUGACCUGCCCAGGAAAGCCAAGAAGCGCCCUGGCUGGGGAACCCCCCUGACAGCCAUCCGGUCCUUCGUGACCCCCAACCGCCACCGCCACCCCUCCGGCACCGCCUCUGCUCCCGCCACGCCCGUGGGCUCCUUCUCCUCCUCCUCCUCCGCCUCGCUCCCCACCUCCAACGGGAACGCGUCCCCUGCUGCUUCCCUCUCUGCCGACGACUCCUCCUCGUCCUCUGCGGCUCCCAACCCGCGCACGCGGUCGUGGAAGCUCAGGGCGCUGUCACCUGCGUUUCGGUUCUCCCCGUCCACGUGGCGGGAUGCACGGAGGAAGAAGGGCGAGGAGGGAGGAGAGGAGGGGCAAGGGGCGGAGCAGGAGGCGCUAGGAGUAGCAGGAGUGUCGCAGGGUAAAGCGCCUGGUGGUGCAGCCAGUGCUGCUGCUGCUUCGGCUGCUGCUGCUGUGGCAGCUCCUGCUGUGAAUGGUCAGGCAGGUGAAGGAAAUUCGUCAGCAGCAGCUGCUGCUGGUGGUGGUGUUGCGAAUACAGGGCACACAGUAGCAGCGCCGGAAGUUGCUGCAAUGGCUGGGGAAGUGGGGUCCAGCCAAUGAGGAGACCAUUGGGAGUCAGUCUGUUGAGGGCGGCUGGGCGGCUGGGUGGCUGGAUUGGUUUGGUGUCGAGUUUGUGAGGUGGAUUGCUGUUGGGGAAGCCAGAAGCCAGAAGUAAGAAGCAAGAAGUCUGACUGGCUGAUACGCAGAGGGGGGACGGGGGUGUCUCUCCACUCCCUGCGACAAUGGGGUUUCCGGGUUUUAUGGGUUGGAGGGGAGGAGGGUUGCUUACAUGUGAUGAGGGGAGAGAGCCCCACGCAGCCUGUGCUGUGCAGACGGAAUGUCAAGAGUAGUGGCGCUGCUUGGUGCCUGGCCGUGACCCUUCUCUGCUUGACCUCUCUGGCUGGUUGGACUGUUCCGUGUUGUGUGUAACGCGGUGUGUCUUGUUGGUUUGUUCUGUUUGUGUGUUUUCUGUUGGGCGUGUGGCUCUGGCUCUGGCCCUGGCAAUGCCCUGUGUGUUGCAUUGCGACCGGCUGAAGGUUGGAUGACUGCUGCUAGACUCGCCGGCAGAUGGGCUGAGGGAGGGGUAGGGAGGGAGACCUGGGCGAGAAACCUGGGAGUGCUAAAAUAGACUGCUGCUGGCAUUUAAGCGUUUCCUUGGGGGUUACAGGCUCCUCCCCUGCCCCACUCUUGACUCACUCACCUGCUCUUCUCACCUCUCACGCUCCCUCCGUCAAUCCCUCCCUCCCUUGCUACCUGCUCUACCCUGUCCUUCCAUCCACCCACAUCUCAGUUCCCUCCCUCUGAUGCUGCCUUUACUCCAUUUUUCUUUGGGAAUUUGGUUUCUUAAAGCGAGCUUACCCGAAGUUCAGCAGCCAGCAUCCUCAGAGCAUGGCGCCUCAGCCAUUCACCACCACUAUGUAGUGCCUGGGAUUUUAAUUCAUACUGGGAUCCCUUGUACACUGGAUUGUCAGUUUGGAGCUAUUUGUUGUGCAUCUUGGGGAUGCAGAAGCACACUUGCUCAUCGCCUUGUUGCGAACCAUGUCCGAUCAGUUUGCCUCGAUACACUAGCUCGGCGCUGCCCUGCUCUGCUCUGUGGUGUUUCAAGUUCGGACCGUUGGCGCUUUUAGGGGCGUGCCAGCAGUCGUUCGUUUCCCGCCUUUGGCACCAUGUCUAUUCACGUCCGCGUCGCGGCGUGCUCGCGAGUGGCCGAGGGUCAGCGCCACGCACUCCGUUCCACGGAUGCGUCCCGCAGCACUGUGCAUGCGAGCCUCGCGGUCGCACACCGGUUGAAUCGCAUCGUAGGCGGAAGGGCAAUCCAUAGCAGCAGCAGCAGCAGCAGCUUUAGAAAUGCGGGCGGGAGCGGCUGCAGCGGAGCGGGCCUCUCAGCGGCCGCCACGUGGCCUGGGUCACAACAU